GCUGCGCCGCACUUCUUGUAUCUAAUCGAUGACGUCACCUAUUAGCAUCCUCAGCGAUCGUGAGGAUUUGCUAGACGAUAUUACUUCGUCUCAAGCGGAAGUCUGUUCACGUCAAAACGCUCAGCAUCGCACUAUCUCUCCAACCGACUCUGCUGGUGAACGGAUCUCGGUGUCUAGCAGUCCUUCAAGUCUAACUCAUGUGGAUUUACCGGAAGUUAUUCCAGACGACCUUGAUGUUCCUGACUUGGCAUCAUACAUCCAGAAGGCGGUUGAGAGAGUGCAAGGGAAACCCCGUUCUAUCGAAGAGAUUGCCUCCGAACUGGAUCCUGCUGAAGGAACAAAACUCCGGUUAUACCAACUAUCGGGGGAGGAUCCACCUUCCCUCAAAGAAAAUGACAAAAGUCAUGUUGGUCAUCUCUAUGCCGACUGCUUCUCUAUUUCGUCUCACCCGUGGCCUACUGUUAAUGGUCUCAACGAAAACAUUCCUCGCCCAGUUUCGGUGACACAUUUAGUAUCAGGCGAGGAGGGUGCAGUGAACGAUUCUAUCAAAGACCCAACUCAAUUUGCUUCUUUCGCCUCUUUUACGGAACCCACGGUGCUGUGUUCAGAUACAUGGACGACAACCGAUAAGGCUAAUUCAGAGAUGGAUCAAACUGCCUUUCGCCAGUGCGCCGGUUAUGAUACAGAUGAAUUCGGGGAUGACGAUUUUGGUGAAUUCACUUGCUUGACUACGCAACUUAACACAGACGUGUCGCAGAAAGCCGACGAAGCAAUUGGAACGGCAGAAAUUUUACAACGUUUGCUAUCCCACUUAGAACCAGUUCUGAGGCGCACACUUCAAUUGAACGGUGAUAGUCUCCUGAAUGAUUGGAUAUCCGCGGUUCCAACCAACUCUCAUUACAGUACUGCAGGCUUCCAGCCGAUAGGCGAUUGUACUGUUUCUUACUCCAGUGGGACCGGUCUUUGGAACAAGCUACUUCCUCCGAAUCGCUUGCACGACUUCCGAUAUCGUUGGAACAAAUCAAGUAUUUACGAGGCUUGUCUUCAAUCUAUUCAUGUGGAUAUGCGCCAUGCCAUGCCUCCUUUUGCGAACCACUUGCGCUUACUGGAACCGGUGAAACUGAACCCUCAAAAACCACCCGAUUCUGUUCUAGCGGUGACAUCUGCGACUCAUGAUGUCGGUUCACUAUCAGUGACCCCCAACGGCGGAACUCUUACACCAGAUCUCUCCUUGAAUCCCCAACCUAACUACGCCACAACUAUCGUCGACAAACCAAACGGAGAUUUGCAUCUGUUGUCCGACACUGCGGAUUCCACCGGGCAAUUGGAUUUAGGCGAUUUUGACAUUCGGCCAUCUCUGUCUGUUCGCACAACUACAGAUUCAACCCGAUCCAGAUUGUUAGAGCUGGAGCGUGAAAUAUUUGCUGAGGUAGCCCCCUUGCCCGUUCAAUCUCUUCCACCACAGCUAUCCACCGACGUGAGCUACAACUCAACGCCUGAAAGAUCAGUUCACAGUUCAAACGUACGCACCACUUUAUGCAAACUCCCGAAACUUGCCUACAUGCGAGCUAAGUGCUUAAUGUUCCCGCUGGCUGACAUUCGAUCCACUUAACAUCUGCGAAGCUUGUGCUCUGUGAUACUCCCUUACUGUUUUUAGCACGUGAUCUUCAACUUCUCCCUCUGAUCAAUGGUAAUUUUUUCUGAUGCUUUUAAACAUGCGUCCUAUUUUUGUGCUCU